UGGUGACGGAGUUUUCCUUUCGUUUUACACUUCCGGUACGUGGCGCUAUAAAAGAUGCGACCACUGAUGUUAUUGGCAUCAGUAUUCGUACAGCGCUUCAAUCCACACAUUUUACAAAAUCAAUCAAAAUGAAGUUCUUCAUUGCAAUCAUGGCGCUGGCUCUCGUCGCUGUGUCCGAGGCGUCCUACCUGCCAUACGAUGAUGAUCUUUCCUACCAGAGCUAUGGCUAUGGACUUCCCCUGUCGAAGGUGGUCGUCGGUUCUUCGUACGGUCUACCAGCAGCUGUAGACAAGUACUCCUACCCAUCGCUGUACGGUUCUUAUUCGGCCUUGAAGAGGGUGGUCGAAUACCCGUCGGUUGCUCCUGUGCUGGCCACCAAGGUCCUUGAUAACAGCUACGGAUUGGGAUACAACAAGCUGGUUGCCCCGGUCGUCGCCACCAAGGUCGUUGAUAACAGCUACGGAUUGGGAUACAACAAGCUGGUUGCCCCGGUCGUCGCCACCAAGGUCGUUGAUAACAGCUACGGAUUGGGAUACAACAAGCUGGUUGCCCCGGUCGUCGCCACCAAGGUCGUUGAUAACAGCUACGGACUGGGUUACAACAAGCUGGUUGCUCCAGUCCUUGCCAGCGGAUACGGUCUCGGAUACAACAACUACGGACUGGGAUACAACAAGUAUCUCUCUUCCGCUCCAGUUGCCAAAUAUGUGCUGUAAAUGUAAAUAAUAUUCUUUUAAUAAACCUGAUCCGACUCCGAUUCAUGACGUAUGAAUGUUAACCCAAA